AUGUCGACCUGUGGCGUCUGCAAGAAGUCAUCCGAUGAUGGUAGUUCGGUAAUAAAGUGUAGCGCGUGUGGCAGUCUUUACCACGCGGAGUGUUUGAAGCAAGACGGCGAAACUGUUAAAACGCGAGCGUGGAAGUGCAAAGAGUGCCGUGUGAAAACUCCUUCGAAUGCAAGUUCGUCUUCAACCUCAACAGUAAUAACAAAGGAAUUUUUCCUAUCAGUAAUUGAAAGCUUGAAACGUGAAAUAGCAGCAGAGCUAAAAGCUGUUAAAAGUGAUACAGUGGAAUUGAAAUCAUCGAUACAACAUUUAUCGGACACAGUCGACGAUGUGAGUAAACAGUUUGCUGAUUUUAAAAAAGAAAUCGGCAAAUUAAAAAAAGAUAAUGAAGAACUACUGCAACAAAACGUCGUCUUAAACAGCAAAGUCACGGAUUUACAAGAACGAUUACGUACCCUUGAACAAUACAGCAGGAAGACAAAUGUCGAGAUUAGCGGCAUUCCGAAGUCACCGAAUGAGGAUGUGCGAGCAAUUGUUGGCGACAUCGGCCGAGCCCUAGGCCUGGAGGUGCAGCCUAGCCAGAUCGCGGCAGCUCACAGGAUCCCGUCCUUCAACAAGACACGGACCCCGUCGCUAGUGGUCCAGUUUACCGAGAGAGCAACGAAGGAGACCUUCAUCUCCAAAUAUAAGGAAUCCAGAGCAAGCGGUGUGAAUCUGACUGCCAACAGAGUAAACAACACCUUCCCGCACGACAGAGUCUACGUGAAUGACCAUCUCUCGCCUGAGAAUAAACAAUUCUUCGCAAAACUGAAGAAGAAGUGCAACGAACUGGGUUACACCUUCGUGUGGAGUCGUGAUGGAAAAUUUUUUGUGAAAAGAUCCGCAGGUGAAAAAACAAUUAAAGUGAGUACCUAA